AUGGCCCUCCGCCGGCCUACCACCCUCCUCACAUCAUCCACACCUCUUUUCAGCACGCGCACGCCUUUCGUGUGUGCAUCCUGUACCCUCCGCCAUGCGCGUUCCGCUACCACCGAUGCCACCGACUCCCCAGUAGAGUCUACCCUCUCGCCCGCCCAAGCAGCUCGCGUUCCGAAACCGACACCCUUCGUCCCCGAUCCCCAGACGUUCCUCACUCUCAUCGGACGCUCUCUCUCCAGUCACGCCAACAAAUUCUCAUCAUGGGAAGAGCUCUUCACGCUAUCGUCGGCGCAAAUGAAAGCGAAAGGUCUCGACCCGCCCCGUACAAGGAAAUACCUAUUACGCUGGCGCGAAAAGUUCCGGAGGGGAGACUACGGGAUUGGCGGCGAUUUGAAAUAUGUCAAAGACGGCAUCGCGGAAUUAAGGGUGGUUGAUGUCCCCAGCUUGGCUGCAAAGACGAAUGCAGGGACAAGCCAGACCCAGGGUGUUGCGCAAGAAGAAGCUUUCGCAAGCACGAGUCACACCCCAGGCUUUACCAAGCUGGUGCUCAAUGUGCCGAUUGGCAUGAAAACAUAUAAGCUGGAGCAGGGCCAAAGCACAAAAGACCUGAAGAAACCGCAAGGAGUGACGUUGAAGGAAGGCCAUAUCAUUGCGGGCAGCUACGUGAUGCCUAUGAAAGGAAGCGAUGGGAGUGCGGCAAUGAUCAAGGUCACGGAGGGCAUGUGGGAGGAUCGCAGAGGUCACAAGGUGCACGGUGGUGAGAGACGGAGAGCAGAGACGCUGCACAAGAUGCGGGUGGCGGAGAGUCGGAAGGCCAGGCGGUAG